UCGGAGAUCUCUGACAAUUCUGCUCUGGCUCCGCGCCGCCUCCCGCCUGCCCCCGCAGAGACGAGAUCGGCUUCUUUCAGCAGUUUCCGGACCGCCAGCCGCAGAGACCACGAAGCCAAAGGAGGGCAACAAUCCUCGAGAAAGAAACGUAGACUGGAAAGCAGGGACGAGCCCGCAGCGAAGCGCAGAAGCGUGGCCUGAACAUGCAGCACUGCGCCACGGGGACGCGCAGCAGGGACCAGCCGCGGGCGUGGGCGUAACCAAGUUAGCCUUUCCCGGCUACCUCCGCGCCUGCCAGAGACGGCCGCUCGCAAAGGCCAAACUUAGUGGGCGGAAGAGCGCGCUGCUUCAGCUACCCAGGGCUGGGGACGGUGGCGGCUGGCUGUCCCCAGCAGACCUCGAAGCAGAUGCAGGAUGGAGCGAGACGGCGGCAGCCUCUUUUUCCGUGGUCUCCAGAACCGCUCCCACGAGAAGAUGAAGCUGAGAACGAGAAAGUCCACCUUGUACCUCAGCCAGCAGAAGAGCACUGGGCGCGGCGGAGAUCUUCUUGGUGAAAACAUUUAUCUGGUCUUGUUUACCAUAGCAUUACGAAUAUGUAACUGCUUUUUAGUCCAGACAAGUUUUGUUCCAGAUGAAUACUGGCAGUCUCUUGAAGUUGCACAUCACAUGGUUUUCAAUUAUGGUUAUUUGACUUGGGAAUGGACAGAAAGAUUGAGGGGUUACACUUACCCCUUAAUCUUUGCAAGCAUAUACAAGAUUCUGCACCUUUUGGGGAAAGACAGUGUUCAGUUGCUGAUUUGGAUUCCUAGACUUGCCCAAGCACUUCUGUCCGCUAUAGCAGACUUGAGGCUUUACUCAUUAAUGAAGCAACUAGAAAAUCAGCAAGUGGCAAGAUGGGUGUUUUUUUGCCAGUUAUGCUCUUGGUUCACGUGGUAUUGCUGUACCAGAACUCUUACAAACACAAUGGAAACUAUUCUCACUAUAAUUGCUCUUUUCUACUAUCCUUUGGAAGGUUCAAAGUUUAUGAACAGUGUCAAGUACUCAUCCCUGGUGGCACUUGCCUUUAUAAUUCGUCCCACAGCUGUUAUUCUGUGGAUACCUUUGCUGUUCAGACAUUUCUGGCAAGAACAGAGAAAGCUUGAUCUUAUUCUACAUCAGUUUUUACCUGUAGGAUUUGUCACUUUGAGUUUCUCUCUGAUAAUUGAUCGUAUUUUUUUUGGUCAAUGGACUCUGGUUCAAUAUAAUUUUUUGAAAUUUAACGUGAUGCAGAAUGUGGGAUCAUUUUAUGGUUCUCAUCCAUGGCACUGGUACUUCAGUCAAGGAUUUCCAGCUGUCCUGGGUACUCACUUACCCUUCUUUAUUCAUGGCUGCCUUCUAGCCCCAAAGAGGUAUAGGAUAUUUUUGGUGACUGUGCUGUGGACACUGCUAGUUUAUAGCAUGUUGAGCCACAAAGAAUUCAGGUUUAUCUAUCCAGUUUUACCAUUUUGUAUGGUGUUCUGUGGAUACUCCCUAAACAACCUGAAAUUGUGGAAGAAACCAGCUCUAAGUUUCCUGUUUUUAUCAAAUAUGUUCUUUGCCCUCUAUACUGGUUUAGUUCAUCAACGAGGUACUCUCGAUGUCAUGACUAAUAUUCAAGAACUCUGUUACAACAAUACAAAUAUAUCUUCAGCUUCAGUACUUAUGAUGAUGCCUUGUCACUCUACUCCUUAUUAUAGCCAUGUCCAUCACCCACUUCCAAUGAGAUUUCUCCAAUGUCCCCCAGACCUGACUGGAAAAGGUGAUUAUCUUGUUGAAGCAGAUAUAUUUUAUCUAAAUCCCUUAAAGUGGUUGUACAGAGAGUUUCAAAAUGAUUCAACACUGCCUACUCACUUGAUCAUCUUCAGCAUCUUGGAGGAGGAAAUAAAUCCUUUCCUAAUUUCAAACAAGUAUGAGAGAACUGCUGUUUUCUUCCACACUCACUUUCCGGAGCGUCGAACUGGAAGUCACAUAUACGUCUAUGAACGGAAGUUAAAAAGGAAACUCAACCAAACAUGAACAUGAAAUUCUGACUUUGUUUAGAUCUUUCUCAGAGAAAUAGACAUUGCUGAGCAGAAAUAUCCAGAUGCUGCUUAAAUAUGCUAGUAAAUACUGGGUAAAAUUCGUGGAACUAGCAGAAAACCACUAUGAACUGCUUUACCAAAUAUCACUACUGAGGAAAUAUAUGAAAAAAUCACAAAAUAUAAAAUCAUAUAUUAAUAAUGCAAUGCCAGAUUUUAAAUAAAGACCUUUAGUUUUC